UUGCCUUUCAACAUGGUGAAGCACUGCUCCAAGUUUCUGCCUUUCCGAGAAACCUGGAUAAGGCCGGCAAAGCCUAGGGACCGCGCGCCUGGCAUGAGCCAUGUGGACUCUGGGCUGCCUGCCCUGCCUGCCGCGCCCGGCCAAGAGGUGCUUGGAAGAGGCGGUGGCCGAAGUCUGGUGCCGCGUGCUUGGGUUGCCGGACAAGAGCAUUCAGCUCUGCGACAACUUCGUCGAGCUGGGGGGCGAGUCACUGCUGGCGCUCAGGGCUUGCGCCUCCUUGCGCUAUUUGCUGGGCAAGGCCGAGGAAGAUGACGGAGAGGACGGAGAGUUUGGUCACGUGUCCGGCGCUUUUGCGGUGUCGGAGCUGCUGAGGGCCACGGACCUGGGGGCCUACUGUGCGGCGCUGCGCCGGAGUGGGCAUGACCUGCCGGGCGGCACCUGUCCUUCAACGUUCACGGGCGCCGAGCCCCGCCCGCGGCAACUGGAGCUCGAGAAUGCGCGGCGCGAGGUGGGCUUUGGCCCAUUGCACGCUGCUGCCCAGAGCAACGCAGUGGAAACCGUGCAGCUCUUGCUGGAGCGCAGGGCCAGGGCCACGGCGGUAGAGCCCGGCGCGCAGAUGACGGCCAUGCACUACGCGGCCAUGUGCAAAGAUUCCGGGGCGCUGGAGCUGCUGUUGGCAUCUAAGGCGCCAGUGACGGUGCGUGACGCCCGGGGCCAGAGCCUGGUGCACGCAGCGGCACGCAGCGGGUCGGUGCAAUGCUUGCGGCUGCUGCUGGCCCAAGGCGGUCGCAAAGUCCUGGAGUGGAGCGAUCGCUGGGCCAGGAGCGCGGUGCAUUGGGCGGUGCUCAACGGUCACCCGGAGGCCCUGGAGCUGUUGCUGGCGGCCAGGGCCAACCCCAGGCCUAAGGCCAUCACGGCGCACCAGAUGGCAAAGAGGACGCACCUCACACAAGAGCAGCCUCUAGAUCUCGCGCAGCGCGUUCACGGCAAAGAGAGCCAGUUGGCCCGAAUCCUGCGCCUGGCCUUGGAGGAGGAGGAGGACGAACCCUUGGAUGCGGACAAGGCGCAGUACAUGAUGACUCUCAGCCAGGGAGGUUUAGAUCGACUUGCUCUUUGGGAGCUGCGGACGCGCCUGAGUGCCAAACGGGUGAAGCGUGAGCAGUGCCGCAUCUUCUUUGCAACGGACUGCUUGCCUGCGGCCGUCGCUUCGUUGAAAUCUGCAGAGAAGGUUUGUGCCGUGGUGCUACGUGCUGACGGCCAACGGCUGGCAGACGUUUUGCAGGGUCCAGACCCGCUAGCGCAGGAGCCUUCACAAGUUUUACGCUUUUGUUGCCUACGUCCAGAUGGGAGCCUGCUCGCAGGGCAGGUGGCCGCCUGGAUCGCUGAGGCGCCCGGCUGGGCGCGAGCUGUGGGAUUGUGGCGGCGCUUCAACGAGGGCGAAGGCGAAGGCGCGCUGAGCUUCAAGAUCACCUGCCGCCGCUCCGGCUCGCGCUUCGCGGCGCUCUCCUCGCAAAACCUGGCGGUGGCGGCGGCCGCGCGCCUGCAGGCUGCCCUCGGCUGGCGGCCACAGGUGCGGCGCCCUGACCUGGAGGUGCGGAUCUUGGUCAGCGAUUCUGACCUUCUGGUGGACCUUCCGCUGCUCUUCCAAGCGGCGCUGAAGUCCGGCGGCUCCGAAAUUUGCUGCGCCGGGAUGAGCGCGCCGGUGGCCUGGGCCAUGGCGCGCAGCGCGGAGCUGCAGGUUGGGGACCGGGUGCUGGACCCCAUGUGCGGCAAGGCGGUGAUUUUGGUGGAGGCCGCUGUCAGUUGGCCCCAGUGCCACUUCCUGGGCUGCGACCUGGACGCGGCGCAGCUGGUGGGCGCCGCCCAAAACGCCCAGCUCUUGGCCGCCCACAGCGCCACGCACCUCGCCGGCGCGGGUCGCGUGGAGUUGCUCCACGGCGAUGCGGCGCGUUUGCCGCUGGCGGACGGAGCUGUAGAUGUGCUCAUUUGUGACAUCCCCUUUGGCCGGCAGUACGGCACCAUCGAGGGCUGCAGGGAGUCGUUGUACAAGGCGAUCUUUCGGGAGUUUCACCGCGUGGUGGAUGCCCGGAAGGGACGUUUGGUGCUGAUCUCCUCCUUGGAGCAAGAGCCCUACGUCCUAGCGGCUGCCGGCUUUCAAGUACAAGAGGGCCGCUGCCCGGGCGCGGAGCCACACGCCUGGCGGUGCCACGCGCGGCGGGAGCUGAAGUUGGGCUUCCUGGACGCCCGGCUCUUGGUGCUCCACCGGCCGGGCGACGACGGAGGCGAAGUGCCGGAGGUGGCCAAGAGAUUGUGGUGGGAGACCUCCGCUGGAAGAGGCGAUUGGGCAUCGCUCAAGGUAUCCGAGCGGCCGCCGAUGCAACGAACCAGGGGCAGAGAGAUCUGA